CAUGAAUGCCAAAAAAUUAAACUAAUGUCCCUUACUGAGGAUCAGUUCGAGUGCGUGAUAUUAGUGUGCAGUUUGCAUUCCCCAAAAUAUGCCGAAAUCAGAACCAGAAUGCUUGGUAGGUUAGAACAAGACUCAGAGGUCGCAUUACAAAAUUUGUUUGCUGAAGCAGAGAGGAAUAGGAAUUUUAAGCGAGAGACAUAUUUAUUGGAGGAUUUAUGGUUGCAUACUGGUGCUAUUACUGUCCAGCAAGUUUCCAAAGGAAAGACUUCAGCGAAUGAGUACGAGAUGUGUCCACAGGCUUAACCCCCAUCUUUUUGCUGGCAACGCGGAGGUUGGCAAUUUGUGA